CCUGUUAAGGCAAAAGAAAGAGCAGAACCUGCUUAGACUGAGGGGAGACAGCAAUGAAUUCCAAACAUCAGUACGUGGAGCUCAGUGAUGGUCACUUCAUUCCUCCACUGGGCUUUGGCACCUACAAACUUCAAGAGGUUCCUAAUAGUAAUGUAACAGAGGCCACCAAAAUAGCUAUAGAAGCUGGUUUCCGCCAUAUUGACUGUGCUUAUGUAUACCAAGUAGAAGAGGAGGUAGGAUUGGCUAUUAGAAGCAAGAUUGCAGAUGGCACUGUGAAGAGAGAAGAUAUAUUCUAUACUUCAAAGCUGUGGUCAACUUUUCAUCAACCAGAGCUGGUCCAGUCGUGUUUGGAAAGAUCACUGGAAAAACUUUGUUUUGACUAUGUUGAUCUGUAUCUUAUUCAUUUUCCAGUGACAAUGAAGACAGGGGAAGAGCUUUUUCCAAAAGAUGAAAAUGGAAGAAUUAUAUAUGACUCAGCAGAUCUCUGUGCCAUAUGGGAGGCCAUGGAGAAGUGUAAGGAUGCAGGAUUGGCCAAAUCCAUUGGGGUAUCCAACUUUAACCGCAGGCAGCUGGAGAUGAUCCUGAAUAAACCAGGCCUCAGGUAUAAGCCUGUCUGCAACCAGGUAGAAUGCCAUGUUUAUCACAAUCAGAGGAAACUGCUGGACUUCUGCAAAUCAAAAGGCAUUGUUCUGGUUGCCUAUGGUGCUCUUGGGACUCAAAGAUACGACCAGAGUGUUGACCAGAGUGCCCCAGUUCUCUUGGAUGAUCCAGUUCUUGGUGCCUUGGCAAUAAAACACAAGCGAUCUCCAGCCCUGAUUGCCUUGCGUUACCAGCUGCAGCGUGGGCUUGUGGUCCUGGUCAAGAGUUUCAAUGAGAAACGGAUCAAAGAGAACAUUCAGUGCAGUCUUGAUCAGAACCCACACACUGCAUUUGGCUCAAAAAAAUCUUCCAUUGAUGCUGUUGGGAGAACAUUUGGUUUGAAGCUUGAAAAUGUGGGCAUCUCAAUGCAGAGGAUAAAAUCGUUUUUGAGAAGAGAGAUUCAACAGUAAAGGAAGAGUGUGCAGAAAAAAUACCCUUGUUGAACCAAUUGAUAGAAAAGACAAAAUCUUUACUCAUUUUUUAUAUGCUUUGUGUUUAUAGAAUCUGGUAUUGGACAUAUAUUACAAGUGAGGAUUAACAAGUAAUAUAUUACCCUCUGCCUGUGAGAAAUUUAAUUCAUUAUAGAAAUAAAGGUGAUGAUGAUGAAAGAGGAUUUGCUAUAGCAUCUUUUUAUAAAAUUGAAAUAAAUCUGAUGAUGUAUGAAAGGAGAUUAGGUAAUGCACAAUUACAUGUGCUUAAAUAUUGGCAGAUAUAUCAUUAUCAUUACUAGUAUCUUUGUUAAUACAACUAUAAAUGAAGGACAAAGUAAGAACAUAAUGUCAAGAGACAGUAGCAAGACAUUGGCCAUUCUCACUACAUAUUAAAUACUUCAACAAGUAACGAUUUUCCAUUGUGCUACCUGUAAAUUAUAGAGAUCUUAAUAUGAUAGGGUGAGCUCCUAGUAUUUGCAAGUCUCUCUUACAAUCAAGAAUCUUUCCAUAUCUUAAUGUAGCAUUACAUACCAUGUGCUAGACAGUAAGCAAAUAAUUAAUGAAUUAGUUAAGUGGAAGUGACAUUGCUAGCAAUAUACUGCACACCCCAAAUCCUUUUUAUAUUGGUCAGUAUCUGAAUUUGACCUUAUACUAAACAUGGCAUAAAUGGAGGUGUCCUCCUGCACAAAGUAAGUAAAUAAACAUGGUGCAUUCUGUUUUUGCUUUCCCUGAGAAUAUGAUAAAAGAAGGGAAUUCUUGGCUUUAGUAGAUAUACUAUAGAGGUAGGGGAGAUGAAUACAAGUGAAUUCUUGUUUCUGUUAAUUCUUUUUGUUAUGUUCUGAGCAAGAGAAUAAGAUUUCAAUAAUUUAGUUAUAAGUGUAAGAAAAGUUUUUUUAUAUGGUAUGAUCAUGAAAGUAGAAAUGUCAGAUUAACCCCACUGGGGAAAUAUAAUGAAGCACCCUUGGAUGUCACUUGUUUAGCCCUAUU